CCGGCCCGUCCCGCGCCCCCACGGCCCCGCGGCCCCAAGUGCCCCCGGCCCCGGGCCCGUCCGCCGCCGCCAUGGCCCGGCCGCUGGUGCCCAGCUCGCAGAAGGCGCUACUUCUGGAGCUCAAGGGGCUGCAGGAGGAGCCGGUGGAGGGCUUCCGGGUGACCCUGGUGGACGAGGGCGACCUGUACAACUGGGAGGUGGCCAUCUUCGGGCCCCCCAACACCUACUACGAGGGCGGCUACUUCAAGGCGCGCCUCAAGUUCCCCAUUGACUACCCCUACUCUCCGCCGGCCUUUCGCUUCCUGACCAAGAUGUGGCACCCCAACAUCUACGAGACUGGGGACGUGUGCAUCUCCAUCCUCCACCCCCCCGUCGAUGACCCCCAGAGCGGGGAGCUGCCCUCGGAGCGGUGGAACCCCACGCAGAACGUCAGGACCAUCCUCCUGAGCGUCAUCUCCCUCCUCAACGAACCCAACACCUUCUCACCGGCCAACGUGGACGCUUCCGUGAUGUACAGGAAGUGGAAAGAAAGCAAAGGCAAGGACCGCGAAUACACGGACAUUAUCCGGCAGGUGCCCGGCCUCGCAGGGGAGUCUGUGCGAAACAUUCCCCAAGGGCCUGCACUCUCUGCUCUGUUAUGUUCGUGUGUCCCAUGAGCUGCUCUAGGAACCCCUGGGGUUUGUGACUUCUUUCAUGACAAACUAAACACUUCACUAAGUCUCCUCCAAAGAAGUUUUUAGUCUGUCAUUUGCCUCUUAGAAAAGGGAGUAGGUCAGACACGUGUCUCCAUGACGACCCAGCCCCCCCCAGGCCCAGCGUUCACCCGGGGAAACAGGUCCUCGUCCUCACCCGCCUCCAGGCGCAUGCUCACCCACCGUGUCCGCGCAGCUGUGGGGACCUGUGCCCGUGGGCCGGCCGCGCGACCCCGUGGCGGGAGCUCCAGAAAGCCCACCGGCGCUGUCGGGUGGUGGGACCCCAGGCGCAGCAGGUGUGGUCAGAGCUCCCGCCGGCUACCAUCAGUUGGAUAAAGCCCCGGACGGAAAGCACGUGCUGGAGACACGGUGCUGGUGACAGGAAGACGCUCAAGUACAGAGAGGAGAGGACCCGGGACCCCUGCCUGGUGGGGAUGUGCCGAGCGUCCCGCCAUGGGUGCCUCCCAGUGGCUGGCCCUUCCCCUGGGGCUGCUGAGCAACCCCGCCCGCCCCACCCGCCACCCUGCACCCUCCACCCUGCCCCUCACCCACUGGCCCAGCCCAGCGCCGUGGCUGCUCCCACCUCAGCGGCCAGGGCCGACCUGCGCUUCUCUUCCUGAUGAGCUGACACCCUCCCUGUGUCUGCACAGCCCUCGUCCUGGCUCAGAGCCCGCGUUCCGCCCCCUCCCGCAUGCGUGUGCUCGUGUCUGUGCGCGCGUGUGUGAGCAGAGGCCUGUACACGCGCGGGGGCCGUGAGCGGUUGGGCCCGUCUGCUCUGCCCCGCCCCCCGCCCCGGCCAUCCUGUCGCUGGCCCCCGUGGCCCGGCCGUCGCCCCGGUUGUCCUACUCUGUUUCACGGGAGCGAGCGCGGGGGCCCCGGGGCUGCCGGCCGCAAUGAGGCAGACCCCGCUUCUCCCCGCAGGAAGCAGGUCCUGGGGACCAAGGUGGACGCGGAGCGGGACGGCGUGAAGGUGCCCACCACGCUGGCUGAGUACUGCGUGAAGACCAAGGCCCCA